CAGCAGCAAGUAGGGUUUUUGAGUUUUCACUUCCCCAGCCUUCUCUCGUUUUUUCACUACCACACUGCAGCUCGCAGCCCAUCACCACCACCACUACUACAAACUCCAAUCAUGGCCGUUGGGAAGAACAAGAGAAUUUCCAAGGGAAAGAAGGGAGGAAAGAAGAAGGCAGCUGAUCCAUUUUCAAAGAAGGAUUGGUAUGAUAUCAAGGCUCCUUCAGUUUUCUCUGUGAAAAAUGUUGGCAAGACUCUUGUUACUCGUACUCAGGGUACCAAGAUUGCUUCAGAAGGACUCAAACAUCGUGUGUUUGAGGUCUCACUUGCGGACCUUCAAGGUGAUGAGGAUAAUGCUUACAGAAAGAUCCGAUUGAGAGCUGAAGAUGUUCAAGGGAGGAAUGUUUUGACAAACUUCUGGGGAAUGAAUUUUACCAAUGACAAGCUGAGGUCUUUGGUGAGGAAAUGGCAAACUUUGAUUGAAGCUCAUGUUGAUGUGAAAACCACUGAUAACUACACUUUAAGAAUGUUUUGCAUUGGGUUCACUAAAAGGCGUCCCAACCAAGUCAAGAGGACUACUUAUGCGCAGUCCAGCCAAAUACGACAAAUCCGCCGUAAAAUGAGGGACAUCAUGACAGCCCAAGCAGCUUCCUGUGAUCUCAAGGAAUUGGUCCGCAAGUUCAUUCCUGAAAGCAUUGGCAAGGAAAUUGAGAAGGCAACUUCUAGCAUAUACCCGCUUCAAAAUGUGUUCAUUAGGAAAGUGAAGAUCUUAAAGGCCCCAAAGUUUGAUCUUGGAAAAUUGAUGGAGGUUCAUGGGGACUACUCUGAAGAUGUUGGUGUGAAGUUGGAUAGGCCUGCAGAAGAGACCAUGGCCGAGGCCCCUGCUGAAACUGCUUGAACUUGAAUGGAAAUUUUCGUUUGUUGUCUUGUCUAUUUUUCUUACAACAUCAUUUUUGUCUGUUGAAAUUUCUUGCAUGUUAAAUUGUUGCAUGUUAUCUGAGAUUUAGAAUGUUUUUAUCGAGGAUGAAUUUUGUGCUUUUAACUAUGUAGACGUACUUUUUACGUGGCAGGUAUUGAUGCUUCAUUUAACUUGGA